GGGGAUGCUCGGAGCCCGGGGCCGGGGCUCCCCAUCCCCCCCGGUAAGGCCAGGCCCGGUGGCGCGGUGGCGGUUCCGCAGCGGCUCCCAGGACCGGGAGAUUCCAGCCAAACCUUGGUCCCUGAGCACCCGUGGUGCCACCGCCCCCAGCCAGGGCAGCAUCCUCCCCCGCCCCCGUGUCUCGACGAAGCUCCAAGGGCGUUUUCUCCUUGGCGGCAUCCCCGAGAUGCUCCGGAGGGAAUCAGCCCCGGAGCAGCUGGUUUCAGUCCCUGCCCGGCCGCAGAGCCCCAAGCCGGGCAGGAAACUGUGGGGCAUCCCCUCCCUCAGGGCACAUCCCCAUCUCUAACCCCCAGCCCCAUUGCUGCGAGGUCACUGCCAUCCCUCUUCCCCCGCCUGUGCCUCUCUCCAGGUUUGUUCUUCCUCGGCCAGGAGGGUGUUUGGUGCUUGCAGGGAGCUGGAUGGUGUGAAGAGAGGAGCUGCUGGCCUUUCCUGGCAGCCCUGGCACUUCCAGCGAGGAGACAGCACCAUGCUGGCUCCAAAGAAAGGCCUCCUGUGCAACCUCAACCACAUCCACCUGCAGCACAUCUCCCUGGGGCUGCACCUCUCCCGGCACCCCGAGCUCCAGGACGCUUCCACGGCUGGGGGAGAGCAGACGGGCUGCACCCAGUGCCCGGAGAACCGUGAGCCGGUGGAUGCCAAUUCCAACAACCCCUCGGUGAAAUGCCGCUGCUGUGAGUCCCACGCUCCGGAGCUGGAGACGCUCGGGCUCCAGAACCAAGAGGAUUUCCCCUGCCUGCACAGCGGAGACGAGGAGGAGGCAGCUUCCCCUUGUGAUCCCCCUUGUGAUCUGGCUUCUUCCUCCUCCUCCUCCUCCUCCUCUGUCAGUAGCUGCUCGGAUUUCAGCUUGGAUGACUCCCCGGUCUCGGUGUACUGCAAGGAGCUCUCCAGAGCAGAAUCCCAAUCUCCUGACAAGCAGCUGAACGUCAUUCCCACAGAAAACGCCUGCGAUGGAGAGUCUCUGGCUGAUGGAGAGAGUCUGCCCGACCAGGACAGGACGUGCCACGGGAGAGAUGCCAACCACAACUCCCCGGUGUCCCUCAGAGCCACCACCGUGCCCAGCAAGAGCCCAGACAGCCUCUGCAGCAACAACUCACUCGACUCCCACUGCGAUGAGCUCUCUCCCAGCACAGCAGCACAGGAGACCACCGGCACCUGCCCUGACCUAGACCCCAACUGCAACCCCCUCCCCGAGCCCGAUGCUGCUCCUCCAGCACCUCCGCCUGUGCCGGAACGGCGGGAUCCCGAAAUCCCGAGCAGCGCUGCGGAACCGCGGCCCCGGCCCGGGGGUCUCCCCCCACCGGUGCCCCCUCGUCCCCGGCGGCGGCUGCAGGUCCUCAACGCUCACAGAGCGGAGCAUCCACCAGAGCCCAAGGCCGGGCCUGGUGAGCUCUGCCGAGACGUGGGCACCAAGACCAUCACCUCCUUCCACGAGCUGGCCCAGAGGAGGAAGAGGAACGUGGCUGGAGCGCUCGGCCAGGCCAGGGUUGACCGCAGUGACUGGCUGAUCGUCUUCUCGCCUGACACGGAGCUGCCCCCCACCAGCGAGCUCCUCUCCGGUACCGUGGGCCAGGAGCCAGCCCACCCUCCACCCCAGCCCCAACAGCCCCAGCAGGACGGGCCGGUGGGGCCUCCCGGCUCCAGGCAGCGAGAGGUGACGACCUUCAAGGAGCUGCGGUCCCGCAGUGCCACCCGGCAGCCCAAGGGGCAGCGGGCAGAGCCGGGCCAGCACCCCCCUGUGCCCCCCGGGACGGGCGCGGGCUGCGGGCCCCCCACGCCCCCGGUGCUGGCACCCAGCGACAGCCACCAGCUGAGGAGGAGAGCCCGGCCGAGCCUGCAGCCCAUCGCGGAGGGGCAGCCGAGGGAUGUGGAAAACGGGGUGCAUCCCCCGGGGGAAAAGGGACCGGGCACCGCCCCGCUCCGGAGGAUCGGGGGUCCCACCGGGGACCCCGCGGUGCAACGGGCGGCUCAGCGAGGAGGCGAAACCCGCACGGGGGCCAGGCCCGAGCCGCUCGCCACCGGAGCCGCCACCGGAGCCGCCACCGGAGCCGCCCCCGGAGCCGCCACCGGAGCCGCCCCCGGAGCCGCCCGGCCCGGCGGGGGAAGAGCGGAAGGGCCCCGUGGCGAGCAAACGAAAGCGCUGCUGGUGGCCAUCAGCUCCGCUGUGGACAAGGUCAUCGCCCACUUCAGCACCGCUCGGAACCUGGUGCAGAAGGCCCAGCUGGGGGACAGCCGGCUCAACCCCGACGUGGGUUACCUGCUGCUGCACACCCUCUGCCCUGCUCUCUACGCCUUGGUGGAGGACGGGCUGAAACCGUUCCAGAAGGAUGUUAUCACCGGCCAGAGGAAAAAUUCCCCCUGGAGCGUGGUGGAAGCCUCUGUGAAAACAGGCCCCAGUGCCCACUCCCUGCACUCCCUGUGCUGCCAUGUGGCCGGGCUGGCCCCCCUCAGCAGCACCAGGCAGAAGUUCCACGCCUUCAUCCUCGGCCUUCUGAACAUUAAACAGCUGGAGCUGUGGAUAUCUCACCUGCAGAAGAGCCCAGGUGUGAUCUCCGUGCUUUACUCCCCCACGGCCUUCUUCUCCUUGAGCCAAGGCCCUCUUCCCCACCUUGCUGACGAACUUCUGCUGCUCAUCCAACCCCUCUCGGUGCUGACUUUCCACCUGGACUUGCUCUUUGAGCACCACCACCUCUCCGUGGACAUCCGGCCCUUGUCCCGCCGGGUGGAGUCCUCGUUGUCCCCUGGCACUGCUGGGGACAACCUGGAGGAUGAAACCCCCCCAGAUGCUCUGGGCAGGGUGGGGGGCACAGGGAGCAGCACAAAGCUUCGGUCCUCAGCGUCCAUGGGUGGGCUGGUCCCAACCCCACCCAUGGGUGCUGCCCUGCAGCAAACCUUCCAGCAUGUGCUGCGCUGGGGCGACCGGCUCAGCCGCACCUUGCUGGGGUCUGACACCCCCUCCCCGGAGAGCCACGGGCCUCAGGAGGGUGCUGAGGGUGCUGGGGCUGGUCUCAGUGGCUGGUGGGGCCAGCUGAGCCAAAGCUCCAGGAUUUACACUGCUCCUAGCAAGGAAAAGUCCCCCUCGGUGUGGUGGACGAAGCUGCGGGCGCCUGUGGGUGAUCCCAACCCAAGCCAGGCUGGGCAAUCCCAAAUUUCCACCAGUGAGCCCAGAGGCACAGAGCUGCAGCUCCUUCAGACCAAAGCUGUCCCUGAACACCCAAAGCCCAGCAGCAGCACUGACACCUCAGGGACCUCUUCCCCUGAAGAUCUCUUCUUGCCCGCUGGAACCCGGGUGUCCACCAAGCUGGAUGAUGCCACCACUGGAAAGAACCUCCUGGUUGCUUCUCCAGAGCCUCCUGCCAACCAGGCAGCACCUUCUGGCCUGGAGAUGGGUGAUCCUCCUGGUCCUGCCAAGGGCAGCUGGCUGGGCUGGCUCUUUGGGGCCACCACCUCCUCGUCCAGGAGCUUCUCCGCCAGCCCUGACGCCGUCUUGGCCAGGUCCAGGAGACCGUCCCGCUGGCUGAACCCCACCCCGCAGGUCCUGGCAGGGGUGAUGAAGGCUCUGGCGCCCGACAGGAGCCCGCAGCAGCCGGGCCAGGCUGUGCCCACCUUGCCCCCAGCCCGCAGGGCAGUUCGGGCGCUGUGUGACCACACGGGCACCGCUGACGGGCACCUGAGCUUCCAAAAAGGAGACAUCCUGGAGCUGCUCUCCACUGUGGAUGAAGACUGGAUCCGCUGCUGCCAUGGGAACAGCAGCGGCCUCGUUCCUGUGGGUUACACAUCCCUGAUUUUGUGAAGGAGGAGGAAAGGACCCGAGGAAAUGGCUGAGCUCACCAGAGCCGGUGCCAACUCUGGGAGGAGAUGUCCCCUGCCACAGCUGUGCCACCUCCAGGGCUGGCAGCUCCCAGGGGACCCCGCCUUGUGCCUGUCACUGCUGCAUGGCAUCACCGUCUGCCACCGUGUCCCACCCUCUGCCACCCUCGGGGCUCCUCUGCUGCUGCCCACCCUUGUGCCAGGCUGGGCCAGCUCCUUUCCCUGCCCAGUGUCACCUCCGUGCCCCCGUGUCCUGCCACCGCUGCCACCUCCCCGUGCCCUGCCCUGCCCCGGGGGCCCGGGCCGGGCUGUAAAUAGUUGUAACCACGGGAAAAAAGCUGGAAAAUAAAGGUUGUGAUUCACCUGA